AUGGAAAAACAGUUCAAAUACCAGUGCUGGGCUGCUUCCCUGGCGCGGGACCCGGGGGGGGGCGGGACUCCCUGCCCGCCGCCCACUGCGCAUGCUCGCUUCCUCCCGCUCCCCAAGCCACGCCCCCUCUCGCCGCAGGCCACGCCUGCGCUCCGCAGCGCGCCUCUCCCCGUUCUCCCUUGGCCCCUGCCGCUGCCCGUAGGCCGCGUGACGCGCCGCCGCCCGCGCGCGCUCCUCAUUGAUUCGCCCAGCGUUAUGGACAUCUCGAUAACCUCCGACGCGGGAGAGAGGAGCCCCAACGUCAACAACGUGCCGGACUACGUCGGCGAUAUCCACACGUACCUCAGGGAAAUGGAGGUGAAAUGCAAGCCUAAAAUGGGUUACAUGAAGAAGCAACCUGAUAUCACAAACAACAUGCGGGCUAUUCUUGUGGACUGGCUGGUGGAAGUUGGAGAAGAAUACAAAUUACAGAAUGAAACCCUGCACUUAGCUGUAAAUUACAUUGAUCGGUUUCUUUCUUCAAUGUCUGUUCUAAGAGGAAAACUGCAGCUUGUGGGUACUGCAGCUAUGUUGCUUGCAUCGAAGUUUGAAGAAAUCUACCCUCCUGAAGUGGCAGAGUUUGUCUACAUCACAGAUGACACCUAUACCAAGAAGCAAGUUCUAAGGAUGGAGCACUUAAUUUUGAAGGUUUUGUCAUUUGACUUGGCAGCUCCAACGAUCAACCAAUUCCUUACCCAGUAUUUCCUACAUGAGCAGACAAGUGCUAAAGUUGAGAGCUUAUCAAUGUAUCUUGGGGAGCUGAGUCUAAUUGAUGCUGAUCCUUAUCUGAAAUACCUGCCAUCAGUUAUUGCUGCUGCAGCAUUUCAUCUAGCAGGCUACACAAUCACUGGACAAACUUGGCCUGAAUCUCUGUGCAAAGUAACAGGCUAUACCCUUGAAAACAUUAAGCCUUGUCUCAUGGACCUACACAAGACCUACCUCAAAGCAGCACAACACACACAACAGUCAAUAAGGGAAAAAUACAAAAGCACAAAGUACCAUGGAGUAUCGCUCAUUGACCCACCAGAGACACUAAACUUAUUGUAAUAAUCAAGAGACUGAUCUUUUUUAAAAGAUGUAUAUUACCUUUGCGAGAAAAUGAUGUACAGUUUUAAACAGGGUUCAAAAAUCUAGAUGUGAUCAUUCAGAAUAUUAAUACAGGUUUUGAUGAGCUUAAUUAUGAAGUUAGUUUUAUGUGGUUUUAAUGUAAAUCUUUUGUACAUGCAAUCUUGUUAAAAUAUUUAGCUGGAUUUUUUUUAUAAAAACGUUCUCUUCAAGCACAGAAUUAACCAUGCAGACUAAGUGCAUGUCUGAAACUGCUUAUCUAAUUAUAGAAUAAACAGUAAAAAUAGCAGUGCAUUAAAGUAGGGCUUUUUCUCUUUCCAAGUGAGAGUGACUUGGACUCCACAACAGUAUUUGUAGCAUUUUUCUACUGUCUAGUUUAAACUGAGACUUAGCAUAGACCUAAAAUAUGGCUGAACAGCUACAAUAUUGGAAGAAACUGCAUAGCUACGAGGAGAACACCUUGCUGAAGUUAACUUUUGUGAGACUCUUUAGGAUGUGUUAAAUACUGGAAGCCUGGACUUCUACCUAAUAUACUGCCAGAUCGCUGUCAGGUUAAAGGUUGUUCUACUGCAGGGACUGCAUGGCUCAAGCAAGUAUAUCAGUUCACACUUCUCUCUUCUUGUAUGUAGCAAGUGGUCUUGCUGUAGGUAUUUUCUGGUCAAAGUGUAAAGCAGAUGCUAAUUUAAGUCCACAGAGCUCCCACUAAUGUAUUAGCUGCCCCAAAAUCCCAUCAGUCUCUACUAAAAAACUCUGGUCACCGGUCUGCUUGCUCAGCACUGUGGUGGUGGGAUUAAACUGCAGCGGGGUGAACUGCUGCUGUGUCCUCAAGAGGAAGGAAGGAAUGCCUUUUGGCUUGGAUGGACUGUGUGCAGAACGGUCCUAACUGCACAUCCCUUAUCCCUUGAGAAGGGUUUCUCUGCAGUAUACAGCCAAAAUGUAUCCAGCUUGUCUUAAUUUCUCUUAAUUACUAGAACGGCUGCACAAACAAAUUAGCAAAUCGGUGUUGGAUCAAACGGACACUCACCUCAACCUUCACUAUAAAUGGAGUGAUGUUGUCCUGUACCUACUGCGCUUGCUUUGAACGUAAAGCAGUGAAUGAAUGGAAGUGGAUUUUUAAAUGAGCCGUUUCCAGGUUGGCUAAUAAACAAUCUUUACAUCUGAUGUUAGUGGUGUUGCUGAUACCUUAAAACAACUGACAGUUGCUAGUAUUAGCAUCGUAAAUGGGCAUUCUUUUCUAAAUCCUUGCAAGGACUGCCCUGUGAAACCUGUGCCAUUGUAACUUGAAGUUAAUUAACAGAGGUGUAUGGAUAACCAGAGAGACGCAGAGUACCAGUAUGAAUUCUAUAUAUAACGUGGAGCAGUUGGUGUGGUGUGGGCUAUAAGAAGACAAGACAUCAAGCCCUCUGUCAAGCUGACAAGCAUGCAUUUUGGUGAGAAAAUUCACAUGUCAGCUCAGUAACUAAAAACUUGCUGCUCUGUCUGCAUGCCUGCUAAAUCCCACCUCACCCCUGCUCAGUCCGUGGUCUGAGCCCUCCACUAACCAACAGUUAACAGAACUCUACUUUUGUCUUAACUUCAUAAACCGACACCACUAAACUAUGCAGCAGAGAGGCCACCCUUUUUGGCAGAUCUGAGCUUUUUUAGGAUGCACUUUGACAGAAAGCUUAUAUGUAUUCUAAUGUGUAAUGAAGAACCAUAUUUCAUUAGUCUUCCUUGUUCUUCCAAUAGCCUUCAUUAGCUCAAUUGCAAUAGCUUGCCCCUGAAAAGCUAAAACUUGUUUGAUAAAACUACACAGUAUCAUGUCUGGUGCUUAGUAUUGGAAAUACUCUAACCUUACAGGGGAGUGAGUUUAAAUAGACAUUUAAAACAUGUGCUCUUUUGCCAUAGUUGCAACAUCAGUUGGUGACCUCUGAUGGUCAAACAAAAACACUGAAUGGCCACUAUUCUUUGAAGACCUAGAGCACAGUGUUCUUCCUGAGAAACUGGGUCCUACCUUCCCCUUUUUGUGGCAGAUAAUGGGAACUUUAAAGACCACUAAGAAGUGCAAACAUAAGGGGAAUAAUUUAAAGCUUAAGGAAUUACUUUUCCCAGAAAAGAACAAGAUACCAGCCCUCAGGUGAAAGACUUCAGUAGUUUACUGUAUUUACUGCUUAAUGAAAUGUCUCCUUGCUCUGUUUUGGAUAAAAAGUAUUGUUGUUGUUUCUGUAGCACAGAGAAUAAUGCUCCCUUGCUCCCUAAGCUUUACUUUCAGCAUAUGGUAUCUGGUAUGACUGCCUGCACAGCCUAAAAAAAUGCUUCAGCAAUGGGUUGGCAUCUCGGCCUGGUGUGAUGCUAUUCCUCCUGCCACACUGACAGCUCUUCUUGCUGCAGUAACAUCCUUUUCUAUCUUUUCAGUUUCUAAAGCUUGCAGGGGGAAUUUCUAGCUCUCGCGACAGAGCUUUGAACAAAGAAGCCCAGGCUGCACUGUACUACCCUUUUGUCUAUCCAGUGUAAUUAUUUCUCACAAUUCUUUCAAAAGGAAAACUAAGGGAUGUAGGGUAUGCACUAUUAUGUGUGAAAAUAACAGGCUCCCUAAAGAACAGUUGCAAGGAACACCGUUCUGUCUUACUGAACAAGUUGGAAGAAACCGACUCUUCGCUCAUUCCUGUGCUUGGAACAGCCAUUUCCAAUCAGAAGAACUGACACUAAGAAAAUGCACUGGUUUAAGCUCCUGGAGGAACAGCAUUUGUUUGUCCCUUUCUGAAAGAGCACAACUUGAUUCAAGUUGAUAAUUAACAAGGCGGUUUUUUUUCCCCUCCCUAAGUUCUAAAACAGAUUUGGGGAUGUAAUUAUCUGUGCCAGCAACUUCUUUCCUGUUUAUAUUUCAUGAAAUUCUGAGGUCCCAUGUAAAAUAGUCCUACUUUGCUCUUGUACAUAUGUGUGUGUUUCGGAUUUGACUCAGUUUUCAAACAAAGCAGCUCGGACACUGUGGAAGCCUCUUCUUUCCUUCUGCUUUGUUUUGCCUGAUUUUAAAUUCAGAGCAUAAUUCUUUGACUAUGGCGCAAGAAGCGUUCCUGUUUGUUGCAUGUAAUAUUUAAUUAAACUUUUUAAAAAACGAGAUUGCUGAACUGUAAGUCACUCUUAUAUUCCAGAUUUGCAGCCUCUUGUCCUGGCCAGAAGCUGUAUGCGAUUUUGUUAAGUAGUUGCAUUUCUGUUGAUUUUUAUACAAAGCAAUUUUAGAGAAGGUAAGAUAUGGAGUGAUAUGGGAAAGAGGUCUUAGCCAAAGUACAUCACUUCCUGCUUUGACCUUUCUUUCAAGGUGUGAUACAGCUACAUUAGUCAAAAAAAUCUUUUCCUGACAUUAAGCUUAAGCCACACUUCCUUUUACCAACUGAACUCUGACUAUACAUAGCUUACAAUAACUAAAACUGUUGAUUUAUGCUCAUUUAAGAAAGAAAGAGUUGC